AUGGAACGGAGAAGCCAGCACAGCCUGGCAGCCAACCAGCGCCCUCUCUCCCUCCCAGCGCCUGCCCAGGCUGCACCAGUGGCCUCUGCAGAAACACAGGAGACUGGAGCGGCCCCGGCCCAGGAGAACCCGGUGGACAUGGGGGCCGAGGAGACAGGGGCCCCCACCCCAGCGGGCCAGAGGUCCUGGCUGGUGCGGCAGAUCUCACUGUUACUGCGGCGGGACCGGCAGGCCCAGAAGGCCGGGCAGCUCUUCUCGGGGCUCCUGGCCCUCAACGUGGUGUUCCUGGGCGGGGCCUUCAUCUGCAGCUCCAUCUCCAACAGCGUGGCCCUCACGCUGGGCGACGUGUGGGUCCUGCUGGCCGUGCUGAAGGCCCUCUCCCUCCUCUGGCUCCUCUACUACGCGGCGGGCACCACCCGCCGGCCGCACGCCGUGCUCUACCGGGACCCUCACGCGGGGUCCAUCUGGGUGCGGGGCUCCCUGCUGCUCUUCGGCAGCUGCGCCGGCUGCCUCAGCGUCUUCCACGUGGGCUACGAGGUGAGCCACCUCUACUGUGAGUCGUGGCUGGAGCUCAUCUUCCCCGCCAUUGAGAUCGUCUUCAUCGGCAUCCAGACCUGGGUGCUCUGGAGACACUGCAAGGACUGCGUCCAGGCCCAGGGCAACUUCACUAGGUGUGGCCUGAUGCUGACCCUGGCCACAAACCUGCUGAUGUGGGUUUUGGCGGUCACCAACGACACCAUGCACCGCAAGAUCGAGGCGGAGCUCAAUGGCCUCAUGGACAAUUUCUCAGGCAAUGACAGCCACACCUGCCUGUGCCUCAACAGCACGGGGUGCCAGGUCUUCCAGAAGGGCUACCUGAUGCUCUACCCCUUCAGCACCGAGUACUGCCUGGUCUGCUGCGCUGUGCUGUUUGUCAUGUGGAAGAACGUGGGCCGCCGCCUGGCACCCCACGCGAGCGCCCGCCCCGGCACCCCGCCCUUCCACCUGCGGGGAGCCCUCUCCGGGCUGCUGCUGGGCCUGCUGGCCCUGGUGGCAGGCGUGGUUGUGUUCGUGAUCUUCCAGGUUGAAGCCAACGGCCCCACCAUCGCUCGCCGGUAUUUCAUCCUAUACUACGCCUUCUGCGUAGCCCUGCUAUCCGCCAUGAGCCUGGCGUGCCUGGCGGGCACGGCCAUCCACGGGCUGGAGGAGCGAGAAAUGGACACGGUCAAGAACCCCACCCGCAGCCUGGACGUGGUGCUGCUCAUGGGGGCGGCGCUGGGCCAGAUGGGCAUCGCCUACUUCUCCAUCGUGGCCAUUGUGGCCACGCGCCCCCACGAGCUGCUCGACCGCCUGGUCCUGGCCUACUCGCUGCUGCUCAUCCUGCAGCACAUGGCCCAGAACCUCUUCAUCAUCGAGGGCCUGCACCGGCGCCCGCUCUGGGAGGCCGCUGCGGAGGCGGAGCCACCCCGCGGGGGGCGGAGCCACUCCCAGCCGGAGCUGGGCCCCGGCCAGCCGCCGGCCUCGCCGCGGGCCUCCAUCCACUCCAACUGCCACCUCAACUGGAAGCGGCGGGCACUCAAGGAGCUCUCCCUCUUCCUCAUCCUCUGCAACAUCACGCUGUGGAUGAUGCCCGCGUUUGGCAUACACCCCGAGUUUGAGAAUGGCCUGGAGAAGGAGUUCUACGGCUACCGGACGUGGUUCACCAUCGUCAACUUCGGCCUGCCCCUGGGGGUCUUCUACCGCAUGCACUCUGUCGGGGGGCUUGUGGAGGUUUACUUGGGGGCCUGACGCUGCCCAAGGAGCUCACCCCUGGCAGAACCCCAAAGUGUCAAGGCUGGGAAAAUGUAGUCCAGGGGCCCUGAGCAGACGCCCCGUCCCAGGAGGCCUUAGGGAAGCCUGGUUGUCCCAAAGCCUCCCCUUCCCCAGAGCCUCACUACAGGGGCAGAGAGCGGGUCACGGUUCACGGUUCACAGCCCAAGGCCAAGAGCAGAACCUGAAUACAGAGCCUCUGAUGCCCACACCAAAGACAGCAUCUGCUUGCCCCUGCUCACUGCAUCAGUGCAGCCCAGGGUGUGCCCAGGAAGCCCCCACAGCGGCUCCGGGAGGGCCAGCCGAAAUGACUGAGUCUGGGGCGCAUGGAGACGGGUCCUUACCCAGCCAGGCCUCCGGGGCCUGCCUCCUGCUGGGGGCAGGGUGCAGGGUCCACGCUCAGCCCCGGGCAUCCCGGAAGCAGGCAGCUCCGCCCUCCUCUCCCCACACAAUCUAAUAAGCUCAUUAAUUAGCUACCAGGCAGGGUUCAACAGCUCUCUCCCGCUGCCAUAAACCCUGUUUGUUUGAUUGAUUAUAUUCGGGCUUCGUGGCAUUUGUUCCCAGAGUCAGAGCUACCACUCCGGGUACAGUGGGAAGGGACUGUCCUUCAGGGCAGGGCCAGGAGAGAUCUUGACCAGUUCUUGUCUGGCCCAGGGGAGAGGUGGAAAGAGGGGCCGGCUCCUCUUUCCACCCAUCCCCCGUCAGCACACCCUGUCUCUCUGACACAGAGCCCCGGUGACUCUCUGGAGGUGGCUCACCACGGGGGCUGUGGCUUUAGGCUGCUGGGUCCCCAGGUCUGCGGGACCCUCUGGCCACUGAGCAAGAAGGGCAGCUGUGACAGCCCAUCCAUCUCCCUGAGCCCAAGGCAAACACUGGGCUGGGCCCCGGGGUAAGGCCUAGGGGGCAGCCCCAGGCCUGCACAAGGCUUUGCACGCCUCUGGGCACCACCCCAUGAAGCUGAGCCCUGGCGAGCACAGAGUCAAAGCCCCAGGAGCCCCCAGUGGCUGCGUGAGGCCAGCAGCUCCCCUGGGACUCAUGCAGAAAGCUGGGUGGUGGGCCUCUCACGUCUCUUGGGUGGGCUCUUUCUCUGGGUGGCCACAGCCCAGGAGUCCAACUCUCCAGUGCCCCCCCCC